GUGUGGCGCUGUGUGUAUGUUUGUAUGUGGAUCUCCAGCUGCAGUAGAGUAGAUCCGCUGUGUGUGUACACAGUGGUGCUGGAAGAGAGGAGGAAGAGGAGCUGCUGGAGAAGAAGAAGAGGAGCUGCUGGAGAAGAAGAAGAGGAGCUGCUGGAGGAGGGGAAGAAAAGCUGCUGAAGAAGGAGAGGAAGAGGGAGAAACUGCUGAAGGAGGAGAGGAAAAGCUGCUGAAGGAGGAGAGGAAGAGAAUCUGCUGGAGGUGAAAAGAAAGAGGAGCUGCUGGAGAGGAGGAAAGGAGCUGGAGGAGAGGAAGAAGAGCUGCUGGAGGAGAGGAAGAGUAGCUGCUGAAGGAGGGGAGGAAGAAGAGCUGCUGAAAAGGAAAGGAAGAAAAGCUGCUGGAGAAGGGAGGAAGAGGAGCUGCUGGAGAAGAGAGGAAGAUAAUCUGCUGGAGGAGGAGAGGAAGAGGAGUUGCUGUAGGAGGAAAGGAAGAGAAGCUGCUGCAGGAAGAAAGGAAGAGAAGCUGCUGGAGAGGAGAGCAAGAGGAGCUGCUGGAGGUGAAAAGAAAGAGGAGCUGCUGGAGAAGAGGGAGAGGAAGAAAAGCUGCUGGAGGAAGAGGAGCUGCUGGAGGAGAGGAGGAAGAGUAGCUGCUGGAGGAGAGGAGAGGAGAGGAAGAGGAACUGCUGGAGAGAAGAGGAAGAAAAGCAGCUGGAAGAGAGGAAGAGAAUCUGCUGGAGGUGAAAAGAAAGAGGAGCUGCUGAAGGAGGAGAAGAAGAGAAUCUGCUGGAGGUGAAAAGAAAGAGGAGCUGCUGGAGAGGAGAGGAAGAAAAGCUGCUGGAGGAGAAGAGGAGGAGCUGCUGGAGAACAGGAGGAAGAGGAGCUGCUGAAGGAGGAGAGGAAGAGGAGCUGCUGAAAGAGGGAAGGAAAAAGAGCUGCUGGAGGAGAGGAGUGGAAGAAAAGCUGCUGGAGGAGGAAGGUAGGACACAGAUCAGAAGAACCUGUACCCUUUCCUGCCUGAGGAGAACUGAAAAUCAGACUUUAAUGGACAGGAUUGAAUGCCAUCUUGUCUCAUUCUUCUCCUGAUGUCCUUUGCUGCAGUUUAAAUAAAAUAAAAAAAUAACUUCCACAAACACAUGCCACCAGAAUAUGCCACUAAGAAUAAUCAGUCAAACUCUUAAACCAUAAGAGACUAUAUUAAUAUAUAAAAUAUGGCGUCUACUGGAAGCUCCACCAUUCAGCAGGUAUCGUCUACUACUGCUGCUUUCUACACCAGUAUAGAUCACAUACCAACAGACAGAACCACAGUCAAGGAGAGAACCCACCUCUGCCUGGAGUGUGGGAAGAGCUUCACCGAGAGGGGUACCCUCAAAGCCCACCAGCGCAUUCACACUGGAGAGAAACCGUAUCAGUGUGUGGAGUGCGGGAAGAGCUUCACUCAGCAGAAUCAUCUCCAGCUCCACCUGCGGUUCCACACUGGAGAGAAACCGUUUCACUGCUCGGACUGCGGGAAGAGUUUUAAUCAGCAGAGCCAUCUCCGACUACACCAGCGCAUUCACACUGGAGAAAAACCCUAUCAGUGUGCAUUCUGUGAGAAGAGCUUCCGCGACCGAGGAAAUCUCAAAAAACACCAACACAUCCACACGGGAGAGAAGCCCUACUGCUGCUCAGAGUGCGGGAAGAGCUUCAAGGAUAUAGGUCCUUUUAAAGCCCACCAGCGCACUCAUACCGGAGAGAAACCAUUCCAGUGUUUGGAGUGUGGAAAGAGCUUUAACCAGCAGAUCCAUCUGCAGAGACACCAGCGCGUUCACACUGGAGUUAAACCAUAUUUCUGUUCGUUUUGUGGAAAAAGCUUCAGUGAUAAAAGCACCCUCAAAAAGCACCAACACAUUCACACUGGAGAGAGACCGUUUAAGUGCUCUGUGUGCGGGAAGAGCUUCAAUCAACAGGGUCAUCUUCAUCAACACCAGCGCAUUCACACUGGAGAGAAACCGUUCUCCUGCGUGGAGUGUGGGAAGAGUUUCAGACAUUCCAGUACUUUAAAGGGACAUAAGUGCAUUACGAGUGUGGUGGAAACUCAGGACUUGUGUCCCAAUUCCUCUACAAGCAGCACUUCAGGAGAUGCCAAGGAUAAACCUCUCAGACUCUUCAAAUCAGGAGUGAAUAAUUUGAGUCAUUUUAAUAUGGCAGCCAUUGGAAUCUCAAGUCCUCUGCAAGAGUCCUCUGCUGACUCUCCCACCUCUAAUACAUCCAGCAUCCCAACAAAGAAGAUAAAGAAGAAAGCCAAAGAGAGAACCCACCACUGUCUGGACUGUGGAAAGAGCUUCGCUGAGAGCAGUAUCCUCAAAGAACACCAGCGCAUUCACACUGGAGAGAAACCGUAUCAGUGCACAGAGUGUGGAAAGAGCUUCAGUCACAAAGGCAAUCUCAAAAAACACCAACAAAUUCACUCUGGAGACAAGCCGUAUGUCUGCUCAGACUGUGGAAAGAAUUUUAAUAUACAGAGUCAACUCCGACUACACCAACGUGUUCACACUGGAGAGAAACCGUAUCAGUGUUCAGACUGUGGGAAGAGCUUCAGUCACAAAGGCAAUCUCAAAAAACACCAACAAAUUCACACUGGAGAGAAACCGUUUAGCUGCUCAGAGUGUGGAAAGAGAUUUAGAGACAGUGGGCCUUUUAAAGCCCACCAGCGCGUUCACACUGGAGAGAAACCGUAUCAAUGCUCCGAAUGCGGAAAAAGAUUCACCCAACUGAUGAAUCUUCAAAGACACCAGCGCGUUCACACUGGAGAGAAACCGUAUCAGUGCUCGUACUGCGGAAAGAGCUUCAGAGACGGCGGCAACCUGAACAAACACCAACUCAUCCACACCGGAGUGAAGCCCUACCGCUGCUCAGAGUGCGGGAAGACCUUUAAGGCCUGGGGUCCUUUCAAAGCCCAUCAGCGCAUUCACACUGGAGAGAAACCGUAUCACUGCUCAGACUGUGGGAAGAGCUUUAAGCAGCGGAGUCAUCUGCAGAGACACCAGCGCGUUCACACCGGACUGAAACCGUUUUACUGUUUGUUCUGUGGAAAAAGCUUUAGUGACAAAAGUACUCUCACAAACCAUCAGUACAUCCACACUGGAGAGAGACCGUUUGACUGCUCAACCUGUGGAAAGAGUUUUACUCAGCAGAGUAGUCUCCUACAGCACCAGCGCAUUCACACUGGAGAGAAACCAUAUUAUUGCUCAGAGUGUGGGAAGAGCUUUAGGCAUUCGUGUACUUUAAAGGCACACAAGUGCUCUAAGACUGAAGCAGAAACUUCUGACUUGUGAUUCUCUUAAAUUAUCUUAGUGAAUUAGGUUUCUUUUUUGUUGUUGGUUUCUAACCAUGUUCCUGAAGAAUCCACUGCUCUGCACACCAGCACUAUUUGUUCCAGUCAAAGCGGACUCUGGUUUGUUUCAAACCCUUGAUGUGGUUCGUUUCAGCAGGUGUAAAUACAGUAAUCCCACUCGGAUGUGGCCCAAAUUAACAGACCAUGAUCUGACCUCAACCCGACCCAAGUGUCAAAUAUACUCCUCAUGUUUGAGCUAAACAGCUGUAAAGGUGCAGUUUAACCUGAUUUAUUACCUAGAUAAUUAAUACAGCUAUAAACUAAUGCCUCUGCUGCAUCUCUGCAGCUGUUCCAUGCUAAAUUACACUGAAAAUAAUAAAAUAUGUGCUGAUCUGGAAAAUAGAA